AUGUCAGGGAUUUUAAACCAGCUGAAAUGUGUGUGUGUGUGUUUAGGUAAGACUCUGGGUUCAGGGGCCUUUGGUAAGGUGGUGAGAGCUACAGCCUAUGGACUCUGUUCUGCUGAUUACCGUAAUGAUGUCGCUGUCAAGAUGCUCAAACCGAGCGCCCACUCCACCGAGAAGGAGGCUCUGAUGUCGGAGCUGAAGGUUCUCAGUUACCUAGGCAACCACGUCAACAUCGUCAACCUGCUGGGAGCUUGCACUGUGGGAGGGCCGACGCUGGUGAUCACAGAGUACUGUUGCUAUGGAGAUCUGCUGAACUUUCUGCGUAGGAAGAGAGAGACGUUCUUCAGCGCCAGACUUCUGAUGUGGUACUACCGCAACAUCAACAACCCAGAGAACCACGAGGUGUCGGUGCUGAGAUGGAAACGGUAG